UUUCGCUUUAUUCCGCUGCGUGAGUCUCCUCUAACACCGUGGUCUCAAUCAGGGCACUAUUACUAAUACUCUCGAUUUGCUUCUGAACAACGGUGUUCUUUGCAUUAUUCUUCAAUCCAGAACUAUUUUAUAAUUGAGAUGGAGCAAACUGGUUGUGCUCACAAAAAAAAUUCACAGGGAGGCAAAGAAAACCACCCCGGACUCAUGCAACAGAAUCCUAAUGACCCUAAAGGAAAGAGGAAACAACUGCAAACAGUUACCAACAUUUCUCAACAUUUUUCUAAAAGAAAGCGUUCAGCUUCAGUACCAAAGCAGGAGCUAUAUUCUAUGUCAAAUCAGCCUCGUGGACAUUGUUUGAUCAUUAACAACUUUUAUUUUGAGACAAAUACAUCACUUGGAAAGCGGUUGGGGACAGAUAAAGAUAAAGAUGAACUUGUCAAAGUGUUUAAGAAGAUGCAAUUUGAGGUUGAGGUUGAGGACAAUUUGAAUGCCUCAGAUAUGCAACGUUUUAUAAAGCAGUUUGCAGAAAAGGAUCACGCACAAAUGGACGCUUUCGUAUGCUGCAUCCUCUCACAUGGAGAGAAAGGCACAGUGUUGGGUGUAGAUGGAAAGCAGGUUGAAAUCCGUGACCUUUUGCGACCUCUUGCUAAAUGCUGCACGCUGGCUGGCAAGCCCAAGCUUAUCUUUAUUCAGGCCUGUCAAGGAAAUGUAUGCCAGGAGGCCGUGGGAAUGGCAGAUGAACAGGACGAUGGUACAGAAGAAGGCACAGAGAAGGAAAAUGCUCAAACUGCUACCUUCCAGAGUAUCCCUAUAGAAGCUGAUUUUCUGAUCGGUAUGUCAACAGUGGAGUCCUACAGAGCUUUCCGUCACAUACAAAAUGGGUCGUUCUAUAUCCAGGAACUCUGUGAGCAGCUAAAAAUUGGCAGCACACGGAAAGAGGACAUUCACUCGAUUAUGACAAAAGUGAAUCGCAUAGUGAGCUCCAAAGUCUUUCGAGGCAGCAAGCAGAUGCCUGAAGUUCGCUACACUCUAACUAAAAAAAUGGUCCUUCCGAUGAUGUCACCUGAUUAGCUGCAGCAUGAAGUUUUUUGAGUGGUAGCGGUUUCUGUUUAUUAUUUGCUAUUUUUGUUUAUUAUUUGCCAUGAGUUAUUUUUACUCUCUCUUUUUUUUAUUAUUGUGCAGGGGUUUAUUUUAAGAGGGUGUAUUUCACUUGAAAAUAACUUUUUUAAAACCAAUACCAAUAACUCCAUAUUUGGGAUAAGUGCUUUUUAAAUGAUUAGACUGUAAAAAUGAUGUGCUCAGCAAGUAAAAUGAGAACUUUGAUUACUGUUUUUAUUUGUAAUGAGCUUUAAUAAUGUUUAUCAUAGUAGAUAGGGUUUUAAGCAACGACAUAAACAAUUGUUACUGCGCAUGCAUGUUUGGUGGCCCAAAUUUAUUUUCCGGUAUACAUUCGCGAAGAAAAUCCCUGCAGAUUAUUUCUGAUGACAAAUUAAAGAAAUAAUAACAUUAGCUAGCAAGUUAAAAGUAUUUCUACCCAGUAUUAUUUUGGUUUACCAGUGGAUGAACCAUUACUUUAUGGCUAAACAAAUUGUUUAUUAAAAAAUGAUAUGCUAUACAAUUAAUCAAAUAGUUUAUUUAAUAAAUUACAAAAUAUAUUAAUAGUAAUUAAUGUUAAUAUAAUAAAUUAAACCAAAAAAAUGGUUGUAUUAUUAGUCACUAGACACAGACCGGAAUUUAACUUCGGACCAGGUGCAUGCAUCCAAAGAAAACCGUCUAUAAAUAAAAUGCCGAUUUAUCAGAGCAAAUGGGUGCAGUUUAAGAACAUUUUAAGGAUAUAAUGUAAAGUGUCAAUGCUUAUCAUUAUUAAGACAGUAUGGGGGUGUCUAUGUAUAAACUGUCACUUUAUAAAUAAACUUUGCAUCUUUUAAAUCAGGAAUGGACAAAAGAAAAUUGUCAUUGUACCAAAGUACAGAUAAAGCUCUUGAAUGAUACUGACAUAUCCAAUUUUUGCCACUGCGUGUUUAAAAUACAGCUUCUGGCUGUUGAAGUGUUGUGGUUCCUAAAGACUGAUGACAGUUUGUGAUGGUCUUACACAAUGUUUGUGUUAGUUGAAUAUUGUUUAUUGGAGAUGUAAAACUACAAUAAUCUUAAAGUACAGUACAGUUUUUAUUAGAUACAGUAAAUGCAUAGAACAUUUGUUUAA